GUGGAGCAUGUAUUGCUACAGUGUGGGCAGUAUCCGCGGGGAAGAGAGAACCUGUGUCUGUGAUCCCUUCUCCUGUUGCUAUGCAUGUAGCGCCCAUGGUUACUCUUGUGGAUCAGUUUUGUACCCACAAUGCACCAUUUUGAGCCACUGGAAGAUGGUUUCUUGAGGUCUUUAAAUAGAAGUUAACAUACAAUGGAGAAGGAGCAGCGCAGCAGUGUUGUUUUUAACGCAUCCAAGAGAGAACUGUUCACUGCCAACAAUGGUUACAAGUCCCUGCAGAAGAGACUCAGGGCACAAUGGAAGAUUCAGAGCAUGAAAGAGGAGCUCUCCUUGGAGAAGUUGAAUGGUGUGAAGUUGUGGAUUACUGCUGGCCCCAGGGAAAAGUUCACUGCAGCUGAGUUGGAGGUCCUGAAGCAGUACCUGGAUGGGGGAGGAGAUGUCCUUGUGAUGCUGGGUGAAGGAGGGGAGAUGAAGUAUGACACCAAUAUCAACUUCCUCCUUGAGGAGUUUGGGAUAAUGGUCAACAAUGAUGCUGUCGUGAGGAAUGUUUACUACAAGUAUUUCCAUCCAAAAGAAGCACUUGUGUCCAAUGGUGUUCUGAACAGAGAGAUCAGUCGGGCUGCAGGCAAAGUGGUGACGGGGAUCAUCGAAGAUGAAAGUGUCGGGAACAAUGCACAGGCCCUCACAUUUGUGUACCCGUAUGGAGCGACACUGAGCGUGAUGAAGCCUGCUGUGGCUGUUCUCUCCACUGGGUCCGUCUGCUUCCCCCUCAACAGGCCUGUCCUCGCCUUCUAUCAGGUCAAGGAGGCAGGCAAACUGGCAGUGAUGGGGUCCUGUCACAUGUUCAGUGACCAGUACCUGGACAAAGAGGAGAACAGUAAAAUAAUGGAUGUCGUUUUCCAGUGGCUCAUGGGUGAUAACAUUAUUCUGAACCAGAUAGAUGCAGAGGACCCCGAGAUCACAGAUUACACCAUGCUGCCAGACACAGGCUGCCUGUCUGAGCGACUGCGAGUAUGCUUGCAAGAGGGAGAGGAAAAUCCAAGAGACUUUACCUCCCUGUUUGACAUGUCUCUACUCAAACUAUCAACAAACACGUUGCCCCAAGUCAUCAGUUCCUACAAGCAGAUGAAUGUCAAACACGAGCCUCUCCAGCUGAUCACACCUCAGUUUGAGACUCCCCUUCCACAGCUGGAGCCUGCUGUCUUCCCGCCUGCCUUCAGGGAUCUGCCUCCCCCCAUGCUUGACCUCUUUGACCUGGAUGAAACCUUCUCUUCUGAGAAGGUGCGUUUGGCACAGCUCUCCAACAAAUGCACAGACGAUGAUCUAGAGUUCUACGUGAGGAAGUGUGGGGACAUCUUGGGGGUGACGGGGAAGUUGGAUAAAGAUCAGAGGGAUGCCAAACACAUCCUGGAGCACAUCUUCUUCCAGGUCGUGGAGUUCAAGAAGCUCAAUCAGGAACAUGAUCUUGACACAGAGACCAGGUUUUCCCCGUUCUGAUGAAUUGCAACCAAUGAGGUUGCAAUUUGAUGUAUUUUUCAUGGGCUUGUAUAUACCUACAUUCAAUCUAGAUGUAUCCAUAUCAUUUUUCCAGUAACUACAAGAAUGUAACUCCCUAGCCUUUAAACAGAAUGUAUAUAGUUGAUUAGAUGAAUGUACUAAAUCUGACAAGUGAAAUUAAUAUUGUAUACAGCUUUCCAUAUCUGAUUGAUUACUUGUGGUAAAGGAUGACACAUUUUGGCAUUUACUGUGUAAAGUGUUCCAUCAUUUCCUCAAUACAUGGUUGAUUUAAUCAAUAAAAAAAAAUGUAUUUACUAUAAUAUUGUAAAAUAUACAUUUUCUUCAGA